AUGGCUCAAAAGAUGUCUGAUCCAGGUAGCUUCACUAUUCCAUGUACUAUUGGGAGUUAUGCUUUUGAAAAAGCAUUGUGUGACUUAGGAGCCAGCAUUAACUUGAUUCCUUUGGAAAUAUACACAAAACUGGGCAUUGGUAGAGCUAGACCGACUUCGAUGCUAUUGCAGCUGGCUGACCGCACGGUUAAAAGGCUGAUGGGGAUUCUUGAUGAUGUGCUGGUAGAUGAAGAGAUACCCAUUAUUCUGGGGAGGCCAUUCUUAGCCACUAGGAGAGCAUUGAUUGAUUGUGAAACUGGGGAGUUAAAAAUGAGGUUGAACGAUAAAGAAGUUAUAUUCAACGUUCAACAAUCCAUGAGGAGACCUAGUGAAUAUGCAAAUUGCUCAUUAGUGGAAGCUGUGGAUGUGAUCAUGCAUGAAGAUGAUAAGAUCCUCAACGCUAAUGAUCCAGUGGGAGCUUGCUUGACAAAUUUGGACGAGAUGGAUGGUGAAGGGUUGGCAGAGUGGGUAAUGGAAAUCGAAGGCCAAGGAUUUUGGAAGAGGGAACCUCAGUUCGAGUCCCUUGAGUUAGAAAAGAGAACUACACCACCUGCAAAACCAUCAAUAGAGGAACCGCCACACCUGAAGCUGAAGCCGCUUCCAGCCCACCUCAGGUACGCUUUCUUGCGUCCCAAUUCUACGUUGCCUGUUAUUAUAUCAUCUGGUUUGUUAGCUGUGCAGGUAGAAAAAUUACUGCAGGUGUUGCAGGAAUGCAAAACUGCCAUUGGUUAG